AUGGAGAAAGUAGGAGAAACUUUUACUUGUAUCUCAUGUCGUGUCAUGUUUGAUAAUCCAGAGGACCAAAGAGUUCACUAUAAAUCAGAGUUGCACAGAUUCAAUCUAAAGAGAAAGGUAUUGGAUUUGCCACCCGUUACACUUCAGACAUUCAAUUCGAAAUUAGAGGCAUUGAAAGUAGAAGAGAAAACACAGAAAGAUCCUACUGUCUAUGAAUGUAGAAUUUGCGAUAAACAAUUUUCAUCUGAAGGACCAUAUAAUCAACAUUUAAUCUCAAAGAAACAUAAAUUAAAUGUAGAGGCUGGUGUACCAGAGAAGAUUAGAGUUAGAAAGCCAAAGGAAGAGAAAGUACCUGAGAAAGUACCUGAAACUUUGGAAGAAGCAGAAAAGAUGGUUGAAGAAAAGAUUAAGAAUACACCAAAGUUACCACUUGAACAUUGUUUAUUCUGUAGACAUGUUAGUGCGACACUCGAUGAAAAUGUAGAUCAUAUGGCAAAACAACAUAGUUUCUUCAUCCCUGAUAUUGAUUUCUUGGUCGAUUUACCAGGACUGUUAAGAUAUAUGAGCGAUAAGAUUGCAGUUGGUAAUAUUUGUUUGUAUUGCAGUGGUAAGGGUAGAGCACUUCACAGUUUGGAAGCCGUACAACGUCACAUGAUCGAUCUCUCUCAUUGCAAGAUGAACUACGACACCGAAGAAAACUCUGAUGAAUACAUUGAAUUCUAUGACUUUACUAACAGUUACAAAGAUCGUUCUAAUCCAGAUGAUGAACUUAAAGAUAAUCUUGUUAUUACAGAGGGUGAAAUGAUUCUACCGGAUGGUACAGUAAUUGGACAUCGUGACUAUGCAGUUUACUACAAACAACAUUACCAAGUUGCAAAUGUCAGACAAUCAUCGAUUGCCAAGAUCAUCAAUCAAUACAAGACACUCGGAUGGCACGAAGUCACUAGAUCUACCCAAGAGAUUGAUCAAAAGAUACGUCAUCGUCAAAAUGUCAUGGCUCUUAAGGUUGGAAUGAAGAAGAACAAUCAAAGACAUCAUCGUCUACAAUUAUUGAUUAAUUAA